AGUAUGUCAUGUCAAGGAGAUUGUUCAUGUAAGGAACCAGUAGUACCGAUUCAAUCAAGUCAAAACAUAGAAGACGAUGAUAUAUGGGGUGAUGAUGAUCCAAAAUCCCUCAAUGAUAUCAAUAGAGCUCAUCACAAACAGGGUUACCUCGAUGGAUUAGUGCAUCAGCAAGAAGACAGUCUACAACAAGGAUUUGACGAAGGGUUUCCUAAGGGAGCUGAAUUAGGUGUACAAGUCGGUAGGAUAUUGUCUACUUUAAAACUCAACAAUCAAGACUUGUUUAAUCAAGCCAAGGAAGAACUUAAUAUUGUUAAUGUACUUGAUAGGAAAUACUUUGAUGCCAAGUUGAAUAUGAAUGAGGAAAUUCCAGUCAUUGCAAAAUGGUUGAAGAUUAUUCAUGAAUUAUAA